AUGCCAUUUAUCGGCGGGCACCUUACCGAUGAUGGUUCAAUCUUUGUUGGGAACCCCGCGAACUUUGUGAACACGACGGAGGGCGGCUCGUCACUGAAGGCGAUCUUGUGGGAAAGGGCAAUAACUGCAUUCGGAGACACGGUAUUUACCUGCAUGGAUUGGUUCAUUGGGCAAAAGCUGCUGUCAGAAGGGUAUGAGAACGUGUAUAAUUACCGGUUCAAUACGCCAGACCCCGUGCAGCUCGCCGCGAACCCAUGGGAGGGCGUGAUGCACACGUCCGAGUUGUUCUUCCUCUUCCAAGGCACGAACUCCGGCCCCAACCACACCGCGCCUACAGCUGUUUUCGCGCCCUUCAACUCGUCCGAACAGGUGCUUGCGACAGAGACCAUCGGAUACUGGACAAGCUUCGCACGCGCCUUCGAUUCAAACGCGUUCAAACCGCUCGCAUCGUCGCCACUAUGGCUCUCUGCGUCCAGUCACCAGCGUCUUGUCAACCAGGAGGGCGGACCAAACUCUACAAAGUCACGCAUGAAGGAGCAGGAGGACAUUUACAUCCAAAGAUGUUUGUUUUGGAGCGAGGUUGGGAACGAAACGAGGGUCUGA